AUGCCCUGUUUUGCAGUAGGAGUCUACGGAGUGGAGAAGCGAACAUUUGCCGCUCCCGACGAGGCUGCGAAGACACAAUUAAGAAGAGAGAAUGCCAAGAAAAUGUAUGGAUCAGCUGCUGAGCGCAUAUUAGCAAUGGAAACUCUGGUGGACAUGCGGUUUGAGCAAGAAUACGCUAAGAAGCGACCCCCACUAUGGCCAAACAUUCCUCUCAAAUUCUGA